UGUUGAAAUAUAGCGGGAGUGGAAUUGUCAAUCGGCGCCAAACCUCCCGCCAAAUUCACAUAUACAUCUCUAUAAAUUACAAACUCAGAAACCCUAAUAACGCACAGUCCUCCCAGUUUCAUUCUCAACUUCUUACAAAGAAAAAUGGUGUUAGCUCUCGGUCCCGGCAAGUUUUACGGCAGCAGCUUACCAAGACCUAGGUUCUACACUGACGUUAAAUUCAACGAUGAACGAGUCGACCCCCCUGCGCCAAUGCUUGAUCCGUUCUUGUCUUGGGCUAAUGACGCCCACUGGUCGAUGGGAGGUCUUAAUUUCAAGCGUGUCCGUCUUCAAGGCCGAAUCGAAGGCAACAUCAAGCGCCUUCGAGCACAGCGGGAGAAGUUCAAGAAGAAGAAAUCUCAGCUAGUUGAUUCACCUUCACCAAUUGUCGAUAGAUCCAUUGCUGAUUCACCUUCCAAAGUUCCCUCCCCUCCUCCUGCUCCCAUUGCCAACAAGCGUCGUCGUCGUCUCGUGGCUGCGAUUGAGGAAGAUGAAGAACAUGAGAUUGAAACCAUCGUUGAUGUCUUUUCCACCAAGAAGCGGGUGCUAGCAAGGAAGCUUGAUGAUGAAUUUGAUCGGGUGGCAACUGAUGGCCAUGUGGAGAGAAGCCGUAUGAAGAGGCCUCAACUGGAUCUGAAUACUGUGCCGAUGAGGAGGACUAGAAAUAAGAGAUCUGAGAUAGAGAAUGUCAAAGAUGCUAAUGAGAAGAACUCUGCUAGGGUUACAAGAGGUUCAUCUUCAAGUCCUGAAACUGCAACAAGAAGCUCUCCAAGGUUCUUAAAACGUGGUUUGACCAAAGCCCGUUUUGCAUAAUGAUGCUGCAGUUAGGUUAAUUGCGUUUUGAAACCCUAAACUGUAUGCUGAUUGCAAAUCUUGAUAGAUUUGUGAGAGAAAAACACAUUUCCAUUGCCUUAAAGCUUGCUAGUCUUGUUCUGAAAUAUCUUAAUUGGUUAACAAUACAUACAAAGUGAUUGCUAUAUCUAUCAAUGAAGUAAUUUGAAUGUCUUGGUUCUUAUCU